CUGGUUUUGCCGUUGCAGUGACUUACAUCUACAGGUGUCGCUUUCUAAGAAAGAUUAUGAGGACGGUGAUUUGUAUUGCUGUGCAUACAAAGCCUCUAAAGCGUGCUUCUCUAUUUAACCCAAGUUUCUCAUUAUAUCUGUUAUCUCGAGAUCCAACCGUCCAGUUUUUAUCCAUCUCAUCCCCGAUCCACCUGAGGCGAGAGGCGAGUGACUGGGUCCCGGAGCAUGGCGAGGUUCCUUGGGCACAGACCAUCACGUCGCCGGGUAGAGGCAGAGGCUCGUCUAUCGGGAGCCAGCACAUCUUCUCUACAAAUCGCUCUAUCUUCUUUAUAUGUCCCCUCCUCUGAUCCGCUCUUAUAUAAAAUUAUCCUCUUUACUGUCCGGAUCUGAUCAGAUCUGGGCUGUGUUUCUUUCUCGCUCUCGUUAUACACGAUUAAAGAGUCACAUGGUGUGAGAGGUUUACAUCAUCUUUUCCCAAGAGAGAGGUAAUCAUUAACUCUUAAAAAAACGUCGUCUCAUCUUAUCUGACGAGCCUUUUGUUUGAUAGGAUGGAGGAAUAGCGAUGUCUAAUUGGAUAAUCAUAGGAUUUAAAAUCAGUACAAUACAGGCUACUGCCCCUAGACAUUUUACACAAUCGGAAUUUUAUGCUAUUUGAUAAUGAUGUAUUUUCAUGUCAAUCUUAUUAAUUGUACCAGUUAUUCUAUUUUUAAAUGAAAUAUUGUAAUAAUGCACCACAGUUCGCAACGCCUAAAAUAAACAAUGAGGAAUGAAACAUCGCGGAACUCUUAAGACCGCAAAGUAUCUCUAGUCGGACAGUUUUUGUUCCAGGACUUCAGUGUUUGUUUUAGUUUUAGCAUGAGCUAUAUAAGUUACCGAGCCAGCUACUAACAAUUUAACCCUACCAAUUUGUAAUUUUGUCUAAAAAUAACAAGUCAACUAUAUGUAUGUUGUUGUAACUAUGUUAGAAAAACAUGGCAGAAGACGAGCUUCUGGCGUUCAGAGAGCAUUGGAAGCAAGAACUGACGAUUAAAAACGAGGCGCAUUCGAAUUGUAACGUUACUCUUCAACCAAGUCGGGAAGACUCUAAAUUAAAACGGUACUUUGAAGAUUUUGGUCAGAACAGAAGUGAACCAGAAAAAAGACAGGAUUCGACAUCACAGGGGAGCAGUAAGGGAGGACAGGAUGCAUUUUUGUCUGCAGCAAAAACUCCAAAGGAGGACCAACCCGAGUAUGUGUCGAUAGCCGAGGGCUUGCUAGAUGGAAGGACCAGUCCCUUGUUGGAGAGGAUCCAGGAGGAGAGGACUCGAAGGAAGAGACAAUACCACAGUCUGACAAGCGCCUGUAACACCUCCCAACAACAACCCCAGAGGAAAAUUAACAAGGGUGACAAAUUAGUGGAUCAAUUCAUUCAAGACCUGAAUGAGACAAAUGACAUUCCCUUCUUUGACAUUGAGUUGCCCUACGAGUUAGCUCUGAAGAUCUUCCAGUACCUCAGUCGGACAGAGCUGGGGCGAUGUGCUCAGGUGAGCAAGGCGUGGGGGGUCCUGGCAGAGGAUGAGGUGCUGUGGUUUAGGAUGUGUCAGACAGAGGGUUAUCACCACGGGGCCUCUGUCUCUGACUCCCCCUGCUGGAAGAGCAUGUUACGAGACUGCAGGAACUCCGAAAACACUGUGCGCUCCAACUGGAAGAAUCGUGUUGGAUCAAUCAGCCAACUGCAGUACGAGCUGGGGAAAGUGUUGUGUGAUGUCAGUUCCUGUGACAGCUAUGUUGUUGCUGGGUACACGUCAGGGGACGUGAGACUGUGGGACACCCUCCACUGGGACUCUGCAGCCUCCUUCCUGAAGCCAAGCCCCCUGACGGCAGACGUCACCCCCAGACCUCACGUCAGUCACAUCCGGGUCAACAACACUGUGGCUGUGGCUGCCUAUGACGAUGGAUGUGUGGAUGUGUGGAGCACAGAGACGGGACAGGAGCCCGUCCACCACUUCCAGAUCCCUGGGAGGGUCCACGCCCUGGCUCUGAGCCUGGAGAGCCCCACCUUGGCUACUGCUGCUGGGCUAGACGUCCGGCUGGACCAGCCUGAUGAGAGGGGCUACUGGAGGACCCUCUGCCAGGCCACGCUACCCAAACCUAGACUCUGGUCCCAGGUGGAGUCUAUGGUUGUGGUGCCAUGGGCCGGGGGGCGAGGAGGGGACAGUGUCCCCCUGGUGGCCCUGUCUGCUGGGGAGACUGUGUUCCUGCUGGCCCCCGAGGACUUGGAACCCCGGGUGCUCCACACCGUCUACGGCCACCCCAUCACCUGUCUGGAUGCCUCGGCCUCUCACGCUGCCCUGGGGGUCAAGAGCUGUGGCUGGGCCAUGAACGAUGGAGGCAACAAGAUCCAUGUGUACAGCCUAGAGACGGGCCAGUCGGAGAUGUCUGUGGGGAACUCAGCGGGAGACUUCUCCUGUGUCAACCUGAGAGACAGCCCUCCUCACAUGCUCAUCUGUGGAAACAAAGAUAGGAGGGUGAGGGUGUUUGACCUGCGCACCGGCUCCUCUGUCACAUCGCUGUAUGCCCACCACAUGGGCGUGACCUCCGUGCAGGCAGACGAUUGGAAGAUUGUGAGUGGCGGAGGUGAGGGAUUGGUCUGCGUCUGGGAGAUGAGGAUGGGAGCUAAACUGUGGGAGAUGCACAACAGGCACCCAGUCAGACACUUGAGAUUCAACACUAGCACUCUGGUGACAGCCAACAUCCCAGACGAGAAGUCUCCACGAGGGGCCUGCAUCACAGAUGACGACCUCACAGCCCACCGCAGACAUAGGGGAGUGAUUUGCCACUAUGACUUCUCAGAGGACUCCACCUCCCAGGACCAUGUUCUGCCCAUCUGCAGGUCCAACUAUGUGGAGUCAUCUGGCUACAACUACAACAUUGGCCUGGCCGUGCCCUAUGACAUCCUGUCUGGUUCUCACCCCUCCCACUGACCCUUAUCACCAGCCCUUCAGACCCCAACUACUAGUACCAUCAGCCCUGCCUACCCCUUCCACCAGCCCAUGUUCUGCCCAUCUGCAGGUCCAACAAUGUGGAGUCAUCUGGCUACAACAACAGCAUUGGCCUGGUCGUGCCCUAUGACAUCCUGUCUGGCUCUCACCCCUCCCACUGACCCCUACCACCAGCCCUUCAAACCCCUACUAUUAGUACCACCAGCCCU